UUGAUUCAGUGUUCUAUCUGUUCAAGUGGAAGUGGCUGCUUGAGAACGACCGUGUUAACAAAGACCAAAGUUCAAAGAUUGUGUGUCCGUCCCAUUGUUGCAGGACCAUUCCCUAUAGCUAGUGAAAAAGUCUGUUUCAAAAUGAGUGUUUCAAUUUUUGAAACAAUGAAGUCCGGAGUAGAUGCAGAUCUCCUGAGCUCGGAUGCACUAUUUUAUCCGUCUUGUGAAAAUGCAACAACUGUUACCGACAUCUCACAAUUCAAUUUCAGCGAAUUUGACUACCCUGGCGGUGGCGGCCCUUGGCCUCCACCUCUUGGCUUUAUUUCCGCUAUGAAAAUCACCUUUUGUGUAAUCAACAUGAUUGUAUCGAUUCUCGGAAAUUGUGCUGUCAUCAUUGCUGUCUAUCACAAUCCGGCCCUGCGAUCGACCAUCAACUUCUAUCUGGUUAACUUGGCGGCUGCUGACGUCUUGAUCGCGUUGUGCUGCAUGUGGCCGCAUCUGGUCAACGAUUUGACAAAACCAGCUUUCGUCCUGGGAGCGUUCAUGUGCAAAUUCAACGCUUUUGCUCAAAUGACAUGUCUGACGUCGAGCGUACUUACGCUUACUGCCAUAUCCUGUGAUCGUUUCAUGGCUGUCAUGUAUCCUCUUCGAGUGCGUAUCACACAGUGUCGGGCGCGGGCCGUCAUCAUAUCCAUCUGGAUCAUCUCCAUCACUGUGGCGCUUCCCUUUGCCGUAUACCGGAAACUCUUCGAAAUUCAAUGGAGAAAUGCACUGGAGGUGACGUGUCAGGAGACAUGGCCGAGUGUAUUACAAUACGAUCCGAAAUCUUCAUCGUGCAUUUCCCGCGUCUUGCCCAAAACUGUCUACUAUUCAUUGGUGUCUGCCGUUUUAUUCUUCCUACCAAUCGUGGUUAUGUCCAUCGCUUACACACUGAUUAUCGGACGUCUCUGGGGUUCCAAACCACCAGGAGAGAAGAUGGAUGCAGCACUUAGCAAUCAAGCCCGAGCAAAGAGAAAAGUUGUGAAGAUGGUGUGCGUUAUCAUGCUGGUCUUCAUCGUAUGCUGGGCACCGCUACAGGUCCUCAUCCUCUUCGCUCAAUUCAGCCACAAUUCGCAGGAAUCUGGCGAGCUACCUGAGUGGUACGAUCAAGUCAUGUUUUUGGUAUAUUCCAUCGCUUACACCAACUCAACUUUAAAUCCUUUGCUUUACGGUGGUCUAAACCAAACCUACCGAAAGACGCUUAUUCGUGUCUUAUUCCGCAAAUGUUGCAAGUGGCGAACGAACCGGAGCUCGGCCAUUUCCAUGCAAGGUUCGAUUCAGAUGGCAGAGUUUCGAACAUUUCCACGCGCUGGUAUUUGUAAUAAUCAUCUGAGCAAUACGACCCAUUCGACCCGAUUCGCCGUUCGCCGAGGAGCAAAUAAUCUUAAUCAGCAGGCGGACGCAAUCAGCGUCCAGCCACACAAUCGGUUAAGCGUCCGCAUUUCAACCACCGUGGCAACAUCUUCUCUUAGGUGCCACUUGCCAGCAACGUCGGCCGUCGCCAUUCACCCACCGCCCGCAACCUCUGCGACUGUUCAGAUGGAAUAUCAGACAGCUCAUCCGGCCGAUUCAACUAUUGCAUGCGAAACACCUGAUCGUGAAAUUAGGUUCUCCGUCUCUAGAGCCAAUCGUUCACGAACGGCAGGUCAUCGUCGCAGGCAAGAAUUGCUCGGUUAGCCUAUCUAUCAACUGAAAGGACGAACGUCUUCUUAUUUCUGUUCCCACCCCACCUCCAAAGAAAAUGAAGCACAGCAGGAGUUGAUGCUGUUGCACAUUGAAUCCUCUUAAUUCUAGCGUGGAGUUCUUUCAGGUGUUGUUGCAUCCUUUUCAACAUGCACAAUCAAAAGAAAAAAAAAACUUGCGUAUAUCCUUUGCAUCCCAAUGCCGUGCUGUGUAAAGUAUGUGCUGAAUAGACAUCGGUAAAUGCGAGACAUCUCUUUUUGACGUAAAAAUAAAGUAGGUCUAAGCCCUAUCGAGAAAAUCCAGUGCUGUGUGUUAUAUAUUUGGCGUAUGCAAUGCUUCUUUCCAACCUUCUGUACAAAAUGAAAAAUUCAAACGAGAACAAAGAGAGACAGUGAGAAAAGAGAGAGAGAAAAGAAAAGAGACAGCGCGGAAACGGGCGAAAGUGAAAAUGAUCGAGGAACGUAAAAAGACACUGCAUAGAAUAUUGGAUUAUAUAUAUAUAUAUAUAUAUAUAUAUAUUAUAUGUAACAUACGAUGACAAAGGGAAUAAAAC